GACUGUUACGUAAAUAAUUAGUUACGCGUGUGAGUUUAACCGUGCGAUUAGAAACGUAGAUCUAUCGUCGUUUAUAUAUUUUCUUCUUAUUACAUAAAUCUCUGUAGCGUUAAAAACGAAUUAUGAGGUUAACUAAUAAUUUAUUUACAAGAGUAGCAGAAUGGACGAAGAAAUAUUCUAAUUUGCCCGAUUCCUACAUAGAACGUACUAUGCGACAAGUUUAUUGGCGAACUCCUCGAGGCAAACCGCAAUAUCUUCGACGAACUCACGAACGUAAACGUUACUGGUUCUCUAUUUAUAAACCAUGGACGAAUAAUUUUAAGUUAGAAAAUAGUAAAAUGAAAUUACCUCCUUACAUACAUAUAGAACCUAUAAAAGAUUGGAGUUUCUUUCGUGGCGACAGGGUUGAAAUAUUAAUAGGAAAGGAUAAAGGUAAACAAGGUAUAGUAAAAGAAAUAAUACAGGAAAGGAAUUGGGUUAUCGUAGAAGGUCUUAAUACCAAAUUAGAACAUGUUGGAAAAAAUAAAACAUUUCCUGGAAUACAUGUAUUGGUGGAGCAACCAUUAUUAGUUACCACUGACGUCGCUUUGGUUGAUCCUCACGAUUUGAAUGGAACUAAGAUAGAAUGGAGGUAUACGGAUGAAGGUAAGAAGGUACGUGUAUCUGUUAGAACUGGUAGGAUAAUUCCAAUUCCUGAAUCCGCAUUGGAAACGAUAGAUUAUAAGCUUCCAAAGCUUUAUAAAGAUCAAAGUAAAGAUACACCUAAAGAGGAAGUAGCAAAAGUAACAUUCAAACCAGCUUUAAAAACUUUUGAAAUGGAUAUUAUGGAUAAUAUGGGUAUCAAGGAAGAUCGUACACCUAAAAAAUCUUAUUGGUAUUAGGUUAUAUUACGAAGAAACGAAGAAUGUUUUGUAUCAAGAAGCAACGUAACAUGAUAAAUCAAUAAUAAUAAUAAUAAUAAUAAUAAUAAUAAUAAUAAUAAUAAUAAUAAUUUUUUUAGGUUAACAAAAUCUUAUAACAUAUUUUAUUAAUUAAUAAUUAUGCAAAUCCGUGAUGCACUGCGUUAUAUAUACUCAUUGGAGAAACUAUUAAGCUGUUUAAUCUCUUUAUAGAUUGUAUAUAUAUUCUGGUAAAAAGAGAGCCUCUAAGGAGGGUGAGGGGUAG